AACACAAUUCUGUAAUGAAAACGACCUAAACAAUUUGAAAAAUACAAAAUAAUUUACACCUCACUAUGCUUCUUAGGUAACCACUCAUGACCGUAAUUUUUAUUUUUUUGUCGCGAUGUUUAUUUUUAAGGGUUGAAUUUUUACAGAAAAUCCAAUUUAAUUUAAUGCAAAUAUUUUUUUCAAUUUUAAGGGCAGAUGAAUUGAAAUUAAACUACAGGGGGGGGGGGGGGUGUCCAAAAGUCACCUGGCAAAUUUGCAAUAAGUAACACAGUGUAAUGUGAAGCCGGAGCAAUGGAGCGCGUACGCUCGAUUUUCGAGGUAACCAUGGCUACUUCGAAAAUCGAGUCCAAAAGUCACCUGCAGGUGACUUUUGGACCCUCCACUAACAUGAUACCUGACCGGCUCAGUUGCUAAGCAACACAGUGUAAUGCGAAGCCAGAGCGAUGGAACGCGCAUGCGCUCGAUUUUCUAGGUCGCCAGGUGACUUUUGGACCCCCCCCCCUGUACAGCCAUAAUGCUAAGCCAAGAGCACCCAGCGGGAGAAAUCGGCGUUACACAGGAUAUUUUGCCAAGAUAGCUGCCAGUAUGGUAGUCUUAUAUGCAGGUGUGUUCGUGUGAAGCAAAGGAGUGAUCAGAUUGGAGUGGAAAUUCUUCAUUGUGAUCUAAAACAUCCAGAAUGUUAUGAAUUGUAUGAUUGCACGAAUUUUUCAAUCUGUUGGUUCGCAAAAAGUGGAUUGGGGUUUUGCGGUUACCUUUCAUUAUUGCGUCGUUUUGCAGCGUGUGUAGCUUCAUUGUAAACUUUAAAUCCAGCAACAUUUUUGAAAGGUAUCGUACUUAAGUAGAUACUUAUUCUCCCAUACCUAGAUACUUGUAGAGAUGGGCCAGUCAACUUCGUCUUCUCAACCAUCUGCAUUUAAUUCAGAAACUGAAGCGUCGAUUAAAAAUGAACAUUCUCUCGUCGAUGUCAAAUGGGGAGGAUUCUCUUAUUUAUGGACAAUCAAACAUUUCGAACAUUUCCAUUGCAAAAUGAAUAAAGUUCUGAAAUCGACGAUAUUUAAAAUCCCCUCGUAUCCUGAAUGUGAGUGGCACUUGGAAUUUGAACUUGAAAAUCAUGAGCCUGAUGAGAGUGAUUAUUUCGCUGUGUAUUUGUGCCUUGAUAAAGGCUUUACUGAUGGUAUUUUAGUUAAAGCGAAAUUUUAUUUUUUGGAUGAUAAAGGAAAGGCAGCAAAUGUUCGUCAGUAUUGCAAAAUAUUAAAACCCGGUAAAAGAAGUAUAAGUUCUUGGGGAUUCCCAGCAUUUAUUUCAAAAACAAGAUUACUGAAACCACAUGCAGGCCAAAAAAUAUUACACGAAGACGCGUUGACAAUUGUGUGCGAACUGAAAGGCGCUACAUUAAAUAGCACAACCAUCGAAACAGUGCAGCGGUGUAAUAUAGGACCAAUGAUGUCUGAAAACUGUGUUUCAAAGAGUUUGGAACGCUUAUUGCUUAAUCAAGACUUGAUAGACGUAACAUUCUCUCUGAAUGGUGAGAAUUUCGGCGCUCACAAGAUCAUUUUAGCAGCGCGUAGUCCUGUUUUCGCUGCGAUGUUCAAACACGAUAUGCAAGAAAAUCGACUCAAUAAGGUAGAUAUUCCAGACAUGAAACCCGAAGUGUUUAAAGCAUUUCUACAGUAUCUGUACACCGAUAAAACUCCACAUCCAGGGAUGGUACGUGAAUUACUUGUAGCAGCUGGGAAAUACGAUGUUAGUGGUCUGAGACUACUUUGUGAAGAAAUGUUGUUGAAGGAUUUGUCUGAAGAAAACGCAACUGAUGUUUUGGUGUUUGCUGAUUUAUAUCUGCUCGAACAUUUGAGAAAGCAAGUCAUAUUUUAUAUUAAAAAGCACUUUGCUAGGAUCACUUCAACUCAGUCGUGGAAAAAUACGAUUUUGGAACAUCCUCAUUUAUUCGAUGAAGUGAAUGGAGUAAAUCAACCCUCGGUAUUGUCCAAUCUUCCGGGUCUAUUUUCGAAAUUGAUGAAGCCUCGAUCGAGCGACGACAUGGAUGCGGCAAGAAAAUAAUCUUAAAAUCUUAUUAUCUUAAUGUCAGUUUUUGUGUCAUUAUUAUUAUUAUUUUCAUACUUUGUUACUUCUUUUUCUAUCAGUAAUUCAUCAACGUUUUCUACUCAUUCUGCUAUGUUAAUUUCAGUUGUCAAGUAAAAUUUUUAAAAAGUU